AUGGAAGUCGCACCGAGCUGGAUGGACCUGAUUUACAAUUACCUCAUAUCUGGUGAGGUCCCCUCGGACAGGCUGGAAGCAAAACGUCUGAAGAUCAGAGCUGCAUGGUAUAUAGUCUUAGAUAGGAUCUUGUACAAGAAAGGGCAUUCACAGUCCUACCUCAGGUAUUUCCGACCCGAUGAAGCAGAUUAUGUGAUUCGGGAGAUUCAUAAAUGCAUCUGCGGAAACCAAUCCGGAGGUCGGGCCCUGUCUCUAAAGAUACUCUGUCAAGGAUAUUUCUGGCUGACCAUCGGGGAAGAAUCAAAGAACCAUGUCCAGAGGUGUGAUAAGUGUCAGUGA